CUUGAUUUCCGUCGUCGCAUUUCUUUUAUCUACCGCCAAAAAGUCACAAAAUUAGCCCUACAAAAUGUCUAACACUAGCGUAAGUACCGGCCUCAUUAAAUCAUCAUAACAUUUGUUUAAUAAACACCUAAAACAACAGUUACGACAAUAGCCCAACUUGGCGUAAAGCGAGUCUCAUGUUUGUAGUUCCUUAGCUCGUCACCGCCUACUAGAUAAAGCCCUUAAAAACUACAACAAGGCUGUCAGUUGGUGUGCGUCGUCGAAAGGCUUCCUGCGUACACAGUGGGGAAAAAACAGCGGUACAGACAAACCAACCAUACUUUCCUGAAGAUUCACAUUCUUGCUGAAUUCCAGUUUUUGGGGUUAAACAACCUGCAAAUCCUGUUUCCAAAAUGCCUCGCAUUGAGAAUGACAUCAAGCUGGACUUCAAGGAUGUGCUCCUCCGUCCAAAGCGCAGUACACUAAAGUCAAGGAGCGAGGUAGACCUCAUGCGGAGCUACACUUUCAAGAACUCCAAGGGCAGCUACAGAGGGAUCCCCAUCAUCGCUGCAAACAUGGACACCGUGGGGACCUUUGAGAUGGCCCUGGCUUUGCACAAGUUCACUCUCUUCACUACGGUUCACAAACAUUACUCCGUGGAUGACUGGGCGGAAUUUGCAAAAAAUAAUCCUGAAUGCCUGCAGAAUGUAGCAGUGAGCACCGGGACCGGGGAAGGAGACUUUGACAAGAUUUCAGCCGUCUUGGCAGCGGUGCCACAGCUGCAAUAUAUCUGUGUAGACGUCGCUAACGGCUACUCUGAACACUUUGUUAACUUUGUCAAGGACGUUAGGGAUAAGUUCCCCUCUCAUAUAAUAAUGGCAGGAAAUGUGGUGACAGGAGAGAUGGUGGAGGAGCUGAUCCUGGCUGGUGCUGACAUCAUCAAAGUAGGCAUCGGACCAGGCUCUGUGUGUACCACCCGCAAGAAGACCGGGGUGGGCUACCCUCAGCUCAGCGCUGUGAUUGAGUGUGCAGAUGCAGCCCAUGGCCUGGGUGGCCACAUCAUCUCUGAUGGGGGAUGUACUUGCCCAGGAGAUGUCUCAAAGGCUUUCGGAGCUGGAGCGGACUUUGUGAUGUUGGGCGGUAUGCUCGCCGGCCACUCAGAAAGCGGGGGAGAGGUUAUCGAGAAAAAUGGCAAGAAAUACAAGCUGUUCUAUGGGAUGAGCUCCGACACGGCAAUGAGGAAGCAUGCAGGAGGCGUGGCUGAAUACAGAGCGUCAGAGGGGAAGACAGUGGAAGUUCUUUACAAGGGUCCGGUGGAUGUGACAAUACGGGACGUCCUGGGGGGGGUCCGCUCCACCUGCACCUACGUUGGGGCAGGCAAACUGAAGGAGCUGAGCCGCAGGACCACCUUCAUCAGGGUCACCGAGCAGCUAAACACCGUCUUCGGCAACGACAGCUGAAUAUCCAGCUGGAUCCGGCUGCAGAUCCAAGUCGAAGUCUGCAACACUGCCUGUCUGAAGAUAUGUAACCAGACAUGAAUAUUAAUACUGUCCUUGUUUUUAUUACAUCAGCUAAGGUUUAAUGCAAUUCAUUAUAUUGGUUUGUACUGUGACAAGAACAGAAAGUCGCUUUAGACUCAAUGUUACUUUUUUCAUACGGGCUACAAAGCUAAAGCAGUUAGCUUCUUAGCAGGUCCGCUAUCUCAUCAUUCCAAUGCAACGGUCCUUAAUUGCUUUUUUUAUGCAAAUCUAUAGCAAGUUUUCAUUCCGUGCCGAAAUCAGAAUGUAAGCCUUUGUCACACACGCAUAUAUAAAAAAUAUAGCAAACAAUGUCGUAAAUUAUUUUGAAAGUACAAAAUAUUUAUGCUAGUUUUUAUUAUAAUAAAACAUACUUUUAGAAAUUAAUCAUUCCUUUUUUUUGCACUUUAUUUGUCAUUUUAAAGUCAAAUAUUAAAUGAAGAUAUUGUUUCAUCGAUAUAAUCACAAAGUUAGUUAAAAAACUAGGUAAAUUACAUUUUGGGAGAAUUUAAAUCUGGACCUGGGUCUGGAUAUGCUGAAUGGUAGACCACAGUACUAUAUACAUUAAUCAGUCAUUCCUUUUAAGUUUCACACCAUGAGUGUGUAGUUACUCCUACAUUAUCUGUGUUUUACCUUUUUUUAUUGUCACAUUGGUGUUAAAAUGUCCAAUUUGUUUUCAAAUAAACUUGUCUUAAUCAGUCAAUAAAAGCAUUCCACACCUUA